AUGACGUUUAUAACUACCACUAAAACUACCACCGAAGGCUUCGCCAAUAAAAUCUACACCUUUGACUUACCUAUACAUAUGGAUGCGAUCAAGAGUAUCAUUCGACAACAGGUCGAGAACCAACGCUUAGAAAGACCUCAUAUAGUUUGUGGAGUGUACACCAAUCCUCCGGUAAACCCAUACAAACAUUUCCUCCCAUCCCCACCUAUUGAAACCACUGGAGAGAAGACAAUAAAAAGCACAGUGGAUCAUUUGGUCGAAACACACAGCAAGAAAGACGGUGUAGACGUACUACCAGAAGUGUUCAAUGAAACAAAAAUCCAGGACAAGAUUAAAGCAUUAGAAGAAGAAAAACAUGCCCUUUUCCAACAUCUCAAAACUCUCUUAUCCAGUCAAAGCUCACAAAGAAAACCCUCUUUAGAGCCAACGCUUGAACAAAGACAAGAGCCGAUAAAGCCAUCUAGGGGUAACUUGCGCUCAAAUAGUAGAGAAAACGUUAAUAGCCGAAAGUCUCGUUCAAGAAGUGUCAGCCAUCCAGAUUACAAAUUCACUGCAUCUCGUUACACGCCAUACAAGUCCACACAUCGACAAGAUUUUUUUGACAGAACUCGUAAUUACGACAGGCAACCUUACCACCUUUCUCACAUAUCUACUCUCCCAGAUACACAACUUCUAACACACCACGCUUUACUCGCCAUGCCCUAUAUGUCUCGUCGAAUGCCCUCUUAUUCCGCCUCAAGACAGCCUGAAUCUGUUAGACUCCCGUUUAGAUCCUCUCGGGGGUUGGAUAGAAAUACUCCUAGAUAUUGA